UUGCCGCAUUUCGCUCGAAGGAUUGAAGGGAGAUAGUGCAUCAAGUUGUUUGCAAGAGCCAACUUGAUCCUCUUCCCCAGUGAUCCCAGAUGAGGGAACCCUAAGAGAGCAACCAACUCCAACUACCGUCCAUGUACGAUCCCUACUAGAUCUGACCUCUAAUAUAAAUACUCCUCCAACGUGACUGAGUUAAGGGCAUAACUGUAAUACCAUAUUAAAAAAUACAACCCUUUAUAAUGACAAUAGUAUGAUAUUGGAUCAUAUACUUUGGUAGCUUUGCUUUUAGUCUCUCGGUAAGGAGAUAUAUUCAUUAUUUAUUAAUACAUGAUAUUCUAUUAAUUAAUUAAUCAAUGUCAACAAUCUUGAACACAUCUGACUCCAACAAAUUCCAGAUCCUUCUUCAACCUUCUUCUUUCUUCUUCAACCCCUCCUCUUAAUACCCUCUUCUGCCUCCACUCACCCAUUCUGUAAUCCCUUCAAUUCCCCUCCGAUUUCCCAUCAAUGCCUUCCGAACCAGACCCCUCCGAGCUUUCUUCAGCCCUCGAAACACUAAUUCUCAACACAGACGUGUCUCUACUGGCACCCCAUUUUCUAGGUUUCGCCACUAUGAUCCAUACAACCGCCCCUCAAUCCCCAAAUCAAGGGAUCGAAACAAACCCCACUUUACCAGACCGGUUCAUCUUCUUCAAUCCUUUUCUCCAUCAAUUGAUAAUGAUCCAAUCCACUCCUAAGAACAGCCAGCCCCCAGCUUCCAAAGCUUCGAUCAUAGCCAUGCCCUCUGUUCAUGUCUCUGAACAAACCCAGUGCGUGAUUUGCUUGGAUGAGAUCGAAGUCGGGGGGCUUGCUAAAGAAAUGCCCUGUAACCAUAAAUUCCAUGGCGAUUGCAUUGAGAAGUGGCUGGAGUUACAUGGGUCGUGCCCUGUUUGUAGAUAUGAGAUGCCAGUUGAUGAAGAUGAAGGGAAGAGGGUUGAAAACGAAGGGACUGAGAGAAUGGGAGAAAGGGAGAUUUGGCUUGGGAAGCAUACUCGUGUUGAAGCAUAAUUAAAUCUCGUGUGACAAUUGCUCUACGAGGACUUGCUUUCGCUACAGCUUUGUUAAGUUCUGUUGAUCAAGCCACUCUCU